UAACAACUGUACCACAAUGAUGUGUCUAUUGGACUGGAAGAGGGCUUUGUUUUGUGUGUAUCGUUUGUCGAAAGAUAACAUUUUAUCAUCGGAAUCUCAAUUUUUAAAAAGAUGAAUUCAAAAUAUGCCACAGUUCGUCAAUACUUAUGUAAUGAGAUACUUAUAAAAAAAAAAAAACACCCGAUAGCUGUGUACUUCAUAGGAACACAUGAUCGACACAACGUUGCUGAAGGGUGAUCAUGUCGGGUGCGGUCAAGACUGAAGAGAUAUCAAAGCCCGCAACUGGGAGUUUUAAUAAUGGGGAAUCUGUACAAGGGAAAGCAAUUUCAAAAGGUCAAGACGAUGAAAGGAAAUCAAAAGCACAGACGUCCGAGUUGCUCCUACAGGACAAGAAUGCACUAAACGAUGGGGACUAUUCCAAGUCUAAAGACAUAAAGACUGAAAAUGGAGAUAAUUCUGCGAAACCCUCAAAAUCCAAGGGGAUUAUUGGAUCUAAACUGUCUUUAAAGCGGAGUAGACUUCUUCCCGAAAAGGGAUUCGAUAUGUCAAAAAUCAAUGACGACCAAAAAGUGCAGACGGUAGGUGGAGACGAAGGGAAUGGAAAAUCGUACAACCGAAUUCUAGAAGACCAACACCAUUUCACUGGAGAGAAUAGCUUACCAUCUCGUGAGAGGCACUACCGUCAUGUGUCAGAGAGCGAGGGGGACGUUACGAAAUACGAAGGAGACUUAACUGUCUGUCCAAUUUGUAAACAGGAGCUUUCCAAGCCAAAACAUCUUCCUUGUCUGCAUACAUUUUGUGAAAGUUGCAUUGGAGAUUACUUCCUGAAAAUUCAAGGUAAUGCCAAAUCUUUCCGUGUCCGCUGUCCAGUGUGUAGAGAAUUUCAACCUGGUAAAAGAGCUACUAUUCCCGCGAAAGACGUUGCUCAUCUUCUACCAACCAAUCACUUUAUUCUGAAUAUGGUUGCCAGGAAAAACAUGCAUAACUGCAUGCCCUGUGCAUGCGGUGGAAUAACGACGCCAUCGGAAUGCUGGUGUUAUUUCUGUACGGAGUCUCUCUGUGCUGAUCACGCCGUAUACCAUGGCAACCUAACAUCACGCAAUAUUCACAGAGUCCAAAGUAUUAACGAUGUUUCGAAAGACGUCGAUCUGGCGUACUUACCGGGAUACUGCGAGGUUCAUACUCUCCAAAAACUGAAGUUUUACUGCGAGGACCAUGAUGUUGCGGCUUGUGACACGUGCAGGAAAGCGUAUCAUCGUCAAUGUCCAGGUUUAGUCACUACAAAUUCCGAAGCAGAGGAACUUCGACAUGGCGAAUAUGUGCAAGAUAUUACUGAUAAACUGCAUGACAUGGAGAGGAAAUCCGUUGACAUGCUCGACAAACUGAGUGAAAAUUUAUCCGAUCUUUACAGCUACCGAAUAAACGAUGAAGAUUCCAUAACAGGGUUACGACAAAAAGUGACAAAUCACCUGGACUCUUUGGAAAAGAAACUAGUCAACGAGUUGGCUUUGAAACAGAAAGAAAAAGAAUUCGAAAUUCAAACACAAAUUGGAAUCUUUGAGAAGAAAAGAGAAACGCUUUUAUUCUACAAGCGUCUUCUAGAGCUAUUGCAAAGCGAGGGGUUGGGUGUACAAAUUUUUUUGGAACUACCAAGCAUAGGUCGACAGUCCAACAUCUUGGCGGAGAAAAUGCAUCACAGAGCAGCGAUCAUGCAAACUAGUUCUAUUCAUGUUGAACUCAAUGAUAUCAUCGUUCAGUUAGAUUCAAUGGGUAGCGUAGUAGAAAUGAAUACUAAAUUCAAACCAGAAUUUCCUUAUGUUCCCGGUUCUGGAAUGAGGAAACUCGAACUUCAGUCUCCUCAACCAACACCUAGAAUGGAGACCCUUCACAAAAGGUUGAAACAAGGGUUUCUGGUCAUUAGAUUUCAGAGUAGCACAAUCAGCGGCGCCACAACAAUCGAAGGACGCUUAGUACUGGCCGACUACACUAGCCGCGAGAUUCGGGCCUAUUACGACAACGGAAAUCGAGACGACUCGCUCAAUAUUCAACAUUUGAGGGGGAAUCCGUGCGAUUUAGUGGAAGUCCCCACUAUCAAUGACGGAUACACUCUCAUAAUAUCGUUUCCACAACAACAUAAGAUAAUGCUCCUUCAGUGGGACGAUGCUGUAGUGUUCGAACAAUUGCACGUAACCAAACAAGAAUGUUAUGGCGUCACUAAUGUUGGAAACUCCGUCAUUGUAGCCUGCUUAAAACACUUAGAAUUUUGGAAAGUGGGAGAAGAUUUAUCAAUGAAGCGAAAAUCGGUAUUACAAAUCCCUGGAGAUAAAGUUCAGAACGUUCAUCCAGCGGAUCAGAACCGGAUCUACUACUCCGAUUCCUGUGACGGUGGAUCGUUUUAUUGCAUCAAUAAAGAUGGGACAAUCGUGUUUGAGUAUAAUCAUCCGGAGCUGUUGUUCCCCCGAGGCAUUGCGACAGAUAGGGAUGGCAACAUCUAUAUUGCAGGAUACAAGUCCAACAACAUCCACAAGCUUUCCCCUGAGGGAGAGCUCAAGCAGUUGAUUGUGCCUCAGAUACAACUGUUCUAUCGUCCUCGGGUGAUUGUCGAAAACGGAGGAUCCGUAUUUGUUGUUUAUAGGAAACACAAAGUUUUAGAAUUGUCAUAGAAAAUACCGGUGGAUAUAGCUACUCAGUUUUAAGAAAA